UGUAAUCAAUUAAAUGUAAGCGAAUGUGCGAUCACUGAAAGGAUUGACUACGAGUCCGACGCCGCUGUCAUUAUUUAUAACCCAUUGGCACAUCCCGUCCAACACUACAUCAGAUUACCCGUCAGGGACUUCAGAUAUCGGGUCAGAGACGCGUCCGGAGGGCUCAUUCAGACUCAGAUAGUUCCGAUUACAGCGAAGAUCAUGUCAUUGCCUGAGAGAAACUCGAUGGCCGUUUCGGAACUGCUAUUUCUGGCAAUACUACCCCCUCUCGGAUACUCCAGUUUUAUGAUCGACAGAAUCACUAAUGACUAUCAAAGCAUAAUAACGAGUCAAGAAAGUCAGAUAACAGAUGGCUCGACCUCUUCGGGUGAUGUGAUUCUAGAAAACGGAAGAAUUAGUAUUAAAAUCGACGGAAAGACAGGAUUGUUGAAACAAAUUGGUCUUAAAAACGGACAAUUAGUGCCGUUUAAGCAGAACUUCUUCUACUAUCAGGGAGAGGACAGGUUUAGGGGCGAAAAGCCUUCGGGUGCCUACGCUUUCAAUCCGAGUCAUCACAUCCCACACGAGGUGUCAAAUGCGGCCACUUUUAAG